GAUUUCUCGGAAACCAUUUCUUUUCACCACAAAAAUGGAACUUCAAACUACUCAACACUCGACAAAGCUCCACAUGUGUCAUCCGUGCCGACGCACCAUUCCAUACAGAAUCUACGCCGUAGUUCACAUGUGUGGUAUCAUAGCCCUCAUGUACCACCAUGCACAUUCACUUUUCACAGAGCACACAGCUCUGUUAACAUCUCUUCUUCUCAUCUCCGACGUCGUUCUCGCUUCCAUGUGGGCCAGCACAACGUCACUCCGGCUAAACCCGGUUCAUCGAACCGAGUACCCUGAAAAAUAUGUUGCUAAACCGGAAGAGCACUUCCCGAAGCUAGACGUGUUCAUAUGCACUGCUGAUCCUUACAAGGAGCCUCCCAUGAUGGUGGCCAACACGGUCUUAUCAGUGAUGGCUUACGGUUACCCAUCUGAUAAGAUCUCUGUCUAUGUAUCGGAUGAUGGAGGAUCGUCAUUAACGUUGUUUGCUUUGAUGGAGGCUGCUAAGUUCUCUGAGCAUUGGUUGCCUUUUUGCAAGAAGAAUAAUGUUCAAGAUCGGUCUCCUGAAGUUUAUUUUUCCUUGAAGUCAAGUUCUUGGACUGAGGAAGCUGAAAAUCUUAAGAAAAUGUAUGAAGAUGUGAAGGAUAGAGUAGAACAUGUGGUGAAUAUUGGCAAAGUUGAUCAAGAUCAGUUUCGUGAGGUCUUCGAUUUGUGGGACCACAAAUUCACUCCUCAGGACCAUCCAAGUAUUAUUAAGGUCCUACAAAAUAACGAGACAGAGAUAACGCCAAACCUAAUAUAUGUAUCAAGAGAGAAGAUUAGAGCUACACCACAUCAUUUCAAAGCCGGUGCUCUUAAUACAUUGUUACGAGUAUCUUCGGUGAUGACAAACUCACCAAUCAUUCUAACACUAGAUUGUGACAUGUACUCAAACAAUCCCACAACACCUCUUCAUGCUUUGUGCUAUUUGUCAGACCCUAAGAUAAAUUUCGGUUUAGGAUUUGUGCAAUUUCCUCAGAGGUUUCAAGGAAUUAACAGAAACGAUGUCUAUGCAUCAGAGCUCAGACGUCCCUUUGACAUCAAUAUGGUUGGGUAUGAUGGGCUUAUGGGCCCAAUUCACGUGGGCACUGGGUGUUUUUUCAAUCGACGAAUUUUCUAUGGGCCUCCAGCUAAUUUGAUUUUGCCUGAGUUGGAUGAACUUGCACCAACUAGGAUUGCAGAUAAGCCCAUUAAGGCCCAUACUGUUUUGGCAUUGGCGCACAAUGUGGCGGGAUGCAACUACGAGCAUAACACUAAUUGGGGAUCCAAGAUUGGAUUCAGAUAUGGUUCAUUAGUAGAAGACUACUACACAGGGUUCAUGCUUCAUUGUGAAGGAUGGAGAUCAAUGUUUUGUAGACCCCAAAGAGCUGCUUUUUAUGGAAGCACCCCAAAACGCCUAACAGAUGUAGUGUGGCAACAAAUGCGUUGGUCCAUUGGUCUUCUUGAAAUGGGGUUUUCAAGGUAUAGCCCAUUCACCUAUGGUUUGAAGUCAUUGGGCCUGUUUACAGGCUUAGGCUAUUGCUACUAUGUGGUUUGGCCGUUUUGCUCAAUUCCAAUUACCGUUUAUGGGGUUUUACCUCAGCUUGCCCUAAUAUAUGGGAUUAGAGUGUUCCCCAAGCCAUCAGACCAAUGGUUUUGGCUUUACAUCUUCUUGUCCCUUGGUGCAUAUGCGCAAGAUCUGUCAGAUUUUUUGUUGGAAGGAGGAACUUGUCGGAAAUGGUGGAACGAUCAGAGAAUGUGGCUGAUAAGAGGGCUCUCUUCAUUCUUCUUUGGUAUGAUAGAGUACACUCUCAAAACCCUAAACCUCUCCACACCUGGAUUCGAUUUUGCGCCCUCUUCGUCCAUUUUCUUACCCAUGACCGCAGUGGCCGUCCUGAAUCUCUUUGCUUUCGUCUCGGGGCUCUAUGGUCUUUUCGCAUGGGGAGAAGGACUCAGCCUUGAGCUGAUGCUUGCAAGCUUCGUGGUGGUGAAUAGCUUACCGAUCUAUGAAGCCAUGGUGCUGAGGAAAGAUGAUGGAAAGUUACAAAAGGGUAUUUGUUUCUUAGCUGGGAUACUCACACUCGUUCUUAUUCUGGGAGGUUACUUUUUACUCAAGUAACUUCAUCUGUUAGGGUUUUUUUUUAAAAACAGUAAGUCCUCAGGCAGAAGACACAGAAUAUAUAUCCACUUUGUAAUGGUGAUGUGAUACAUUGUGGUCU